AUGAACUCGAAAUCUUGCCAGAUAGAGCAAACUCAACAACAGAAUCAUGACGAGUUAGAAGAGAAGUUGGGCUCUGUGGAGGCCGUGCAGCAGCCCGAAACGAACGACAGCGGAGAGUCGAUCGAUGAACUUGAGCAUUGGAACAGCCCUCGAAUAAACUCGUAUCGUUACUAUGCCACCAAUUUCUCAUUUCUCAUUAUGGGUAUGAAUGAUGCAUCUCCAGGGGCUCUACUGCCAUACAUUGAAACAUAUUAUGGCAUCAACUACACCACCGUCUCCACUCUCUUUCUUGUACCUGUAGCUGGUUAUGUAGUCGCUGCACUCACCAAUAACUGGAUACACUACACCCUAGGCCAACGAGGCGUUGCAGUUCUUGGGCCUCUCUGUCGUCUCAUCGCCUACAUUCCCGUGGCACUUCACCCUCCAUUUCCAGCGCUACCCUGCGUAAUGCUGUUUACUGGUUUCGGUAACGGUAUCCAAGAUAGUGGCUACAAUGCCUGGAUCGGUAACAUGCACAGAGCCAACGAGCUCUUGGGUUUCCUCCACGGCGCCUAUGGCCUCGGUGGCACCAUUGGCCCUCUGAUUGCGUCUGCCAUGGUAACUGAGGGGAAAUUGAACUGGUACACCUUCUACUACAUCAUGACAGGACUUGCUGCGGUUGAACUUGUUGUUGGAACAGCCGCAUUCCGGGAUGCAACCGGCCAAGUGUAUCGACAGCGAGUUCGCUACGACGAAGCUAAAGACCGUGCAACAACACGCAUGGCACUCAAGAAACCCAUCACCUGGAUAGUUGCCGUCUUUCUCCUGGGAUACGUCGCGACUGAGGUCAGCUUGGGGGGUUGGAUUGUCACUUUCAUGCUUCGAGUACGACAUGCCAAACCUUUCCUUGCUGGCUUGACAGUUACGCUGUUCUGGCUCGGGCUGACAUUGGGUCGAGUUGUUUUGGGCUUCGUCACAGAGAGGACUGGUGAGAAGACGGCCAUCAUGGUCUAUCUCAUGCUCUCCAUAGGGUUGGAACUGCUGUACUGGCUUGUCCCCAACUUCGUCGCCUCUGUCAUCUUCGUCAUGCUUCUUGGAUUCUUCCUGGGGCCUCUGUUCCCUGCUGCCAUGGUUGCUGCAACCAAGUUACUCCCAGCUGAUUAUCACGUCAGUGCCAUUGGGUUCGCGGCUGCGGUCGGAGGAGGUGGUGCAGCUGUGGGACCAUUCGCGGUUGGUGCAAUUGCGCAAAAGACCGGAGUUCAGGUUCUACAGCCUAUAAUAGUCGGACUCCUUGGUGCUAUCACUCUGAUAUGGCUUCUCCUCCCAGGAGGGUUCAGAAAGGGAGGUCUCGAGAGAGCAAGGGAGCAGAAUCUGAGGCCUGGAGGUGAUGUGAAGGAGGCUUGGUUAUGGUUUAAGUCGAAGGUGGUUUAG